CCCGACCUCGACCACACGGCCACCACCGCCCUCGCUCACGCCCGCAAUCGUUUGUGAACGAAUUUGAGAGUAAGAUUGACAAGAUGGCUCCCCAACUCCGUCGUUUGCUUCCCAACAAGGGAUUAUCCUGGUCUCAGGGCGACGUAGUCUUGGGAAAGACCAGACGCGACAGGUCCGUGGUCGAUACACUGGCCCGGGUCAUGCCUCUCGACAAGCAGAAUGUCCGGGGGUUUUUGUUGAAGAUGGUGGAGUUCGCUUUGGGGAUGGGGAGGUGGUUGGUUGAGCAGCACGAGGAAUCCUGCGCUCCUCCGGAGACGGUGGUGGAGAUUGACCCUUUUUGGGUGUUUCAGGAAAUGCACAUGCAUUUCACCCAUGAGAUGGGUUGGGAGAACGAAAUGGACUAUGCCUUAUUCAUUUCGUUGUUUCAGGAGUUGAUGUAUGCCCGGGAGAGGUAUCGGAACUGGUGGGACAGCACUCCGAGAACCAGCACCAUGCAGGGUAACGGGUUGACCGACGGCUUGGACAAGCUGUAUUUCGAGGUGCCGUUCUUCGCCCGGAAUGAGCUGGAGGUGAAUUUGUGGGUGUCGGCAAGGCUGCGCCAGGACGAGCGUAAGGAGGGGGAGGCCGCGGCUUUGGACAGCGUGGUUGAUGGCCUCCAAGCAUUGGGGGUCGAUCCCGCUGCUCCUCCGCGCGUGGACUUUGAGGACGUGCGCCAAGCACUGAAGGAUCUGGAUUUCGAUGAGGCCAUGGAAGAUGCGGAGGUUGAGGGUGAGGGGAAGGGUGAUGGGAUGGAGAUGGAGAUGGAGAUGGAUAGGAUGGAUAUGGAGGAGUAAGGCUGCGGUCGGGCUGAAGGAAAACAGUAGACCGGGGGAACCUGAACCACCUACAAAACGGCUGAAGGACAACAGUGUAAAGCCGUGGGCUGGCAACCCAUGUCGGGCGGCGAAGACCGACUCUGUACCUCCACGUGGUGCUGCCUGAGAACCUGGGUCUUUGCGUUGGAGUUUUCCUCCUGACAUCUUAGACCCAGAGCCAGCACAGAGACGCGAGCUUUCAUCAGACAACUUGCCUAGCUGAAGCCUUGUGGCUUUGGUGGGCAAACAUUAAGUUGUCCUUUCAUGCUACUGUAUUUUCCACCCUCUUUCCCCGUUUUGUGUGGUCACUAACCUUUGUCACCUGCCAGCUCUCAUCUUCAAACAAACCCGAUUCCAAGACUUGUCCACCGAUCCCCUCCAUCAAUGUCGCGUCCAUUGCCUCCUCCCCAUACCACGACACUCGAUCUACUACCCCGGCCUAGUUGCCACUCCGUCGCUCCUAUGAUGCCAAGAUACUCCGUCUACCACCUUCGUCAUUUCUGCCGAGGGUGUCAGGAAUACGACGUAUCGCGGUGUUCACCGCGCCCAAGAUACAUAACACGACAUUGAUGCAAAGCGGGUGACGGGGUGUGGUUUACGGUGUGCACAUGUACAUUCGGCUGCGCUCCUUGCGGAAGAGCUGACUGUAGGUUUCCAUUUUCAAUGCCGUCUAUUCAGCAUCCCUGCAGCGG